UGCAACAAUUUGGGACGCGGUAUUCAAAAUAUGGGUCAGUUUAAAAAUAGAUGCGAUCACAUGAUCUAUAUGCAAAUAUAUAUGAUCACAUGAUCCAAUCAGAGCAGAAAAUAAACUUCCGGUUGGUUUUUGAAACUUUUUGAUGUCGCCAUUUUUUAUGAAGAAAUCGUCUCCCAAAGUCAACGGCACGCUGUACUGUCCGUGGUGAGUAUUUUCAAAUGAUUCAAACACCUUUAAACAACUGUAAUUAAGACCUUUAAUUUGAUAUAUUUAUAAAUAAAAUCCAUCAACAAAUGACUUUCGCAUGUUAAUUUUAAGUUCAAAGGUCAUGAUAUUGAGCGCGUGACCCGAGGUGAGAGUUCGACGCCAUGUUGUCAAAAUUGACUCGCUGAUAACAUACGUUGGAAAACCAUUAACUUCAUCCCUAUAUAUACUAAAGGAGGGCAGCAAACAGUCUCAAUGGACCCUUUGGAACAGCAUCGGUCACCAUUGAUGGAUUAUCCUGGACCAUUCUGUGAGAGCAUCAAUCUAUCAACCAAAGACUUGGAAACUAACCAUCUGAAUGCACUACCAGAUGGGAACCUAAAACAAGGUGUAGUGGUCGAACUUCACAAGUAUGCGAUGAAAAACAAACAGACUAAUGCGAAAAUAGUUGAGUGGAUAUGUUCCUUACAACCUGGUCUUAAACUUCAAAAUGUAAAUACAGUGAAAACGCGCAUAAACAGAAUAAUUGAAACUCAGAAAAAAUUUGACAAGAAGAAGAAAGUAGCUAAGUACAAAACUGUCACAGAAUUUCAUUGUGAUAGUUUGACUGUAACAGCUGUGAAUGGAGUCAAGAAGAGUCCUGAAAAAUCACCAUUGACUCAGACUGUGGAAAUUGUGAAUGUGGAAAAGACAGAAGUGAAAAGUCAUGCAAACUGUGCCAAAGUUGGUAGUGCUAAACCUGAGAAAUUAAUAAGAAAGAGCAGAACUGAUGAUGAAAAAGAAAACAAUGACAUUCAAUAUCAAAUAACCUUACAUCAACGAAAACUUGAUAAACUUUAUGAAAUGACGGACAUACUAAAGGAAGAUGUAGCAAAACUCCAGAAUAUCAAAGGUCACUAUUCUGUGCGAAAUGUAACGAAACGUGACGGAAUUGCUAUGAAGAAAAGGCAAGAGUUACGCGAAACAAAACAGCUCCUGCACAAAUACAAACAAACUAGUAAAAAGUUUCAAAUGGAGAAGUCAGACACGAGUGCUGAAUUGAUUGACUUGAAGUCUCUUAAUGAAAAACUUUUGGCAGAAAAUAGAAAACUUAAAGAUGAUCAGAAAAAGAAAGUAAAUGCGCAGAAACUAAAUAGUUAUUACAGAAGUACGAUAAGAAAGAUACGUGGAUGUCAGCCGCCAAAAGAAAACCAGAAAAAUGAAGUUCAGAAUGAAGAUGAUGAUGUUGAAAUGUUGUUAGAAAAUGAAAUAAUAAAAGACAAUACAAAUGCUACAAUGACAAACUUGAAAGAUGAUAGAGGAAUAUUUUCAAAUGAAUUAAGAAUGUGUAUAAUUGAUCUUUUUGGACUUGAGGUAGCUGUUGAAAAAAUUACACCAGCCAUACAGAUAGUUGCUAAACACCUCUUUCACUGUAAUAUUGAAGCCUCAGAUAUGCCAACAAAUUCUUCUGUUCAAAACAUUGUUGACGAGGGUCAGUUCUUAGUUAAAAGCUACAUAGCUGAUAGAAUAAAAAAAUCUGAAAGCUUUGGAUUAAGCCGGGAUGGAACAUCAAGGCAGAAGAGAAAGAUUUUGGACACUGCGAUCACAUUGGACAAUGGUGAAAUUGUCAGCUUAGGGUUUAAGAGAGUUGUUUCUGAGACUGCAGCCAAAAUAAAUGAUGUAACAAAAUCACACUUUAAAGAACUUGCGAAAGUGGAUUCAGACUCGCAUCUGAGAGAUAUCGAAGAAUCAAACUUUGUGGCCGAGUCUCUACAGAAAUUAGCGUUCACCAUGAGUGACAGGGCUGCUAAUGAAAAAUGUGCAGACAAAUUGCUAAGCGAAUGGAGAGACAAUGAACUUGAGUUGUGCUCAAAUGAAGGCUCCAAAGCCACCGUACUUCAGUUCCAUUGUAUGGCUCAUGUACUCCUCGGCUUUCAUCGAUAUGCCUGUGAAGACCUGAAACAUGAAGAAAAAAGUUUGGCAGCGGACGAGCCAAUAGGUCGUGACCAGCUACCAUAUUUUAAAAAUUGGUCGAAAAAGCAGACUGUUGUUGAAAGGGUUGCAUACACAACAUCUACAAUAUUUGGGCCAGCUGGUGACCACCUUGGCCUGAGGGACAGAUGGGAAUCUCACUGUGCUGCCAAGGGAAUCAAAUCCCUUAUUGGCAACUACAGAGACAAUCGCUUUAAUGGUCUGUUUCAGACAUCAGCAGAGAUUUUGUACCACUUGUCUGACUUUCUUUUGGUCAUCAAGACUGUUAAAUGUCCAAACAACAAAAUUAAAGCUGUUGAAGCUGACUUGGUAUCGCCAGUGGUACAGAUCAUGCUCAAAGCCCUGACUGCAGCCUACAUCAAAGUGACCGGUCCGUAUUGGUGGUUGGUGUGUUCAGGGACAGUCAGAUAUCUUGAGUUGUACCCUUACAUUGAUGGGCUCAGAAGUUACCUUUCAGACUGUGAAGAGACACCUGCCAACAUGUUAGAAAAACACUGGUUAGAUCACAGCUGUGUUCCCCACACGAAAAAGUUUAGCACACUGUUAAAUAGCCCGACAAAUGAACUGCUCCUGAAAUUAAUCAGUGUCCUAUGUGGUGCAAUGCGACGAACUGUGGAGAAACAGCUGGCAGAUUUUCUUGACGGUGGGCGUUAUGCAGGGACACCAUCAAAAUCAGACCUACAAAGGACCCAUUUCUCCCACGUGACCAACCUUGGGUGUGAGCACCACUUUGGGGACCUGGACAGCUCCCAGCGAAGAAGGCCAAAUGCAUCAUUUCAUCACCACUCCAGUGUUCAGCUCAUAAAGAGGAAUAGGAGACAGCUUUUCAAGUGGUUGGAUGAAAAACCUGACAAUGAAAAGGCCACACUCAUGAAAGCUGCACGAAGUGGUGGUCGUGACUUGCGCAAGGCGCAUAUGGCUGAGGAGAGUUUAGUCAAACGUGAACUUUUCAACACCAUGCAAGAGGAACCAAAAAAGAAGAGGAAGAAGUCCAGUAAGCCAUCUGACAAACCAGAAUCGGAGCCAAUUCUGGACUCUACAAUCCAUUCUUUUCAUGUGAAUGACUAUGUUGCCAUUGCAUAUCAAGAUGCCUGGUACCCAGGAUGUGUUGAAGAGGUUGAUAAAACUACCGCUGUAGUAAACUUUAUGGCACCAUGUCGUACUGCUGGUAUGUUCAUGUGGCCAGCUCGAAAAGAUGCACAAAAAGUGAACAAAGAAUUUAUUUUGUGCUGUGGACUUGUCCCAGAGGCUAAAAACUCUGGAAGACAGUGGUUUUUUCCAACAUACGGUGCAGUUGACCUUAAAUAUCAAGGAUAUCAAGAGUUGUAUUUUUAAGUUGAAUGUCAUGUGAAACUAUGUGCUAUUUUUAGUGUAACCUGUAUUUUUUUGCCAGAGAUGGCAAUUGACAAUUUUGUUUCAGUAAUUUAGUGCUAUUUUAUUUCAAUAAAAUGUGAGUAGCAUUGAUAAUGACAUAUACAAUAGAAGAAUUCUGUUUAAUGUAAUUAAAGUUAUAAGCUUUCAUUGAAAAAUUUCUUUUGAUAUUCCAGUUGAUUUAAAAAAAAAAUCUCAGUAAUACUGUU